GUUAAGACCACUGAUAAUCUGGUGCAGUCCUGUGCACAACGUACAGUGACCCCACCAAGGAACUUUUGCUAGGGACUUUGGAGGAGAGGCUGCACUGGAUUGGCAAUGAGCAAAGGUUGAUCCCACGACUUACGAUGGCCCUAACAUACGAUUAUUUCAACAUACGAUGGCUUCUCAGAGCAACGAUCCAGGGCAGCGGUGGCGGUCCGGAGCGGCGGGGACACAUUCUGGAAGGAAUGCUGACUGAACACAUCCAAGCAGAGACAGGCUUAGUCCUGACCACAGGGGUGCAGAAACACUUGGGAGGCUUCCUAAGCAGCUUGUCUAUUUCCUGAUGAACAACUACAGUGUACCACCAUCCUGCCUCUCCUUAUCACCACCAGCAGCAGCACAAUUACCAUACUUGUUGGACACCAUACAGCUGUGCAUUCUGGGGAUUCUCACUAUUCUUUCCAUCCUCUCAGUCAUUAUUUAUCUGGAAGAUGUUGUUUAUAUUCUAAAGAAAGUGAAAUGUCAAGUGAAAAAAAGAACAUCUCUAUGGAGCAGUGCUGCCCCAACCGUCGUCUCAAUAUUUACCAUCUUGGGUCUUUGGAUUCCACGUUCUGCCAUGUUUGUAGAAAUUGGCAUUGGCACGUAUUUUGCAUUAUGCUUCUACCUUAUCUUGAUGGUUAUAAUAGAAGGUUAUGGGGGAAAAGAUGCACUUGUCAAGAAAUUCGAAUUCUCAGAUGUUCACAUCAACACUGGACCAUGCUGCUGCUGCUGCGUAUGCCUCCCACGCAUCAAAAUGACCAAGAGGAAAGUGAACUUUUUUAUCCUGAGUGUCUUCCAGAUGGCAUUCUUGAAACCUCUCUUUAAUAUUAUUGGCUUGUUUCUCUGGGCUGAUGGAAUUUACAAUGCGGAAGAUCUUUCAGGGGCCAGUGUUGCACUAUGGAUGAAUGUGGCUAUUGGCUUUUGUACUAUUAUAGCCCUAUGGCCAAUUGGGAUACUUUUCCGUGAGGCUAAAGUACACUUGGCUGAAUACAACAUGGGAACUAAAUUUGCAGUUUUUCAGCUGCUGCUUAUCCUGACUACAUUACAGGCCUCUAUCUUUAGUAUCCUGGGAAACACUGGAGUUCUUCCUUGUGUGCCUCCUUACGCAUUUAAAGCUAGGUCUCACUUGAUGCACUACCAUCUACUAAUCAUAGAGACAUUUUUAUUGACAAUAUUGGCUAGAAAUGCCUAUAGGAAGAAGGAUGAAGAAACAGGGUUUACGAUAAAAACACAAGCUGUGUGAUUAAGAAAUAUUGUUAGUGUUUUAAUCCACUAUAGUCUGUGAGUUUAUUCAUACCUGUAUAUCAUCAUCAUGCCAUAUCAAAGACUUUAUGAACAUUAACUGUAUCCUCUUACAUUUAGUGUUGAAUAACUUAAAGGGUUACACCAGGGAAGUUAAGAAAAAUAAAAUGCCCCAAAGCCACCGCAAUACCUGUUUUGUGUCCCCUGUUGUUAUCCAUGUGGUUUUGGCAGCUCCUUUGGCCCAUUAUCUCCUAAAUAUUAUUUUUCCUUGCUUGCAGCCCAGACUACAACUCCCAGAAGUUAGUGCAGCUCCGUGUAAUGGCUGCCUGCCAAUUGCUUUCACUAUCUGUGCCCAUGUUCACACUGCACACUGUACAGGUCUUUUCUUUCAUAAUAUCCUUCCUCCAGCAAUAAAUUAUGUUGUGCUCUGAAUGGCAGCAGUCAGUGAUUAGAUCUUCACAGGAAAAGAGCAGCACAAUCUUCACUGGGCUUCUCUGCGGGUGUAGUGAAAACUUCACACAGGAAGGGGAGGUGUGCCUGUGAAGCCAGAUCCCUAGACCAGACAGAAAUCAUCAUGUGGUGUUGUCUUGAAGGGUGGGGGUUAGGUCUCAGUGAGGGGUUUACACCAAGAAAAGGUAGAUUUGAGAAUUAUGUAUUUCUCUCACUCCCUGCAUGUUAGUGACAGCUGAAAGAGGGAAACUGCUCUAUAUAGCUAAUUAAUGAUAUUUAGACAAAUACAUAGGUUGGUGAGAGGGAAAGGAUGGGCUAUGGGUUUAGUUCCACAAAGUACCCCUUUAACAGCAAAUUUUUAUAGGAGUGUUUACAGUGUUAGGCCGGGUACACACAGCAUAACAUUUGCCCACGUAUUGAAUUUUACACACGCUUUUUGUUAGAAAUUGGGGGGAAAAUGGCUGCACGGUUUUCACAACUGCUUAUUUUCUGAUUAUGGCUGAAAAAGCACAUGUAAAGUUAAAAAUGUCACAAAAUUUUCUGCCAUGUGAACCCAGCUAAGAUUUACUCUGCAAAUACUAUGGCCCUCAUUUACUAUUGCAAACCCGACAUGUUUUGUCGGGCUGCGUGCCAGUUUCUGGCGCAUUGCGCCAGAAAUUCUGUCUGCGCCCGAAUUGGAAAAAAACGGACUAACUCUCCAUUUCACUAAGAAAACCUGAAAAAGGAGCAUGGCCGUCGGGGAAAGGGGGCGUGGUCACCAAAAAGGGCCGUGUUCCCGACAUUUUCACAAAACCCAACAUAUUUACUAAGGUUUCCACAGAAAAUGUGGUGGAUUUGAGCUGAGGAAAACCCGGUAGUUCAGAGCAUGUGUAAAAAAAAAAGCUAAAUGUAGGGAAAGGUAAAAAAUGUAGGGAAACCUUAGUAAAUACCGUGGAAAAAAAAUUGUAGGGUAUUAAAACCCACAAAGAAACCUACACUCCACUCUUAGUAAAUCAGGGCCUAUAUGUCCAAAGACACUACCAAGGCCAAAUAUAGAUAACCAAUAUAUAGCCAUCUUGGCUGUGCUGCUUUUAACAGCAUUUAGAGAUAUGCUUUUCAGAAACACUGUAUAGACUGGAGGAUGAUACUAUUGACCUGUGUUUUGUAACCUGCAUGUAACAAUAAGGAAAAGACUAUUGAAAAGUUUUAUCUGUAUCACUGGGGCCAGAGUGAAAACUGCAGGAGGAAAAAUAAGAAAAAAAAUCACCAGAAAUUCCUAAAAAAUAUGUUUAAAUGGGCACUGUCAUAUCCAA